CACCGUUCGGUUGCACGAUUGAAGAAUAUCUAGAAGUAGUUAAAAGUAUCUAGAAGUAGUUGGAAAACACCGCGAGCUGACUCAACAGUCCACAGUUGAUGUUGCCCGCUCGGCGGUCAGGUUUUUGUGAAGGAUUUGAAUUGGUGACGCUCGAUGUCGAGGGGACAUCAGCGACACCGGUAUUCAACGAUAGAUAGGAGACCAGCACUGGAUAGCCACCAGGCAGCUUCCAGACAUCCGCUGGAGAUAACCAGAUGACCCCAGACACCAUUUCAAUCAAGGUUGAAGAAGAUAUUGGUGGAGGCAUGCCCGCUGUAGCCUUUGGAGACCGUAGCACGCAGCGCGGCGUCACCUCGGAGAGUCUGGGCGUGGACGCCCCUGGCUCCUCCCACAUGUCCAGUCACAGCGGGGAGCUGCGCAUCCUGAGCGUCUACAGUAAAGGGGAGGGCCCACUGGCGGUGGACUGCCAUGACACCCUCUUCACAGCGUCAGAAGUGGAGGCCCUGAACUCGCUCUCUGCGGACCACUGCGCGGCCAAGAGCCUGGAGCGCGGCGAGCGGUUGGUCUGCCGCGAGGAGCUGAGUGUGCAGCAGCAGACCCCAGACACCAUUUCAAUCAAGGUUGAAGAGGAUAUUGGUGGAGGCAUGCCCUCUGUAGAAGACUGUGAUGCCUUUGGCGACACCUCGGAGAGUCUGGGUGUGGACGCCCCUGGCUCCUCCCACAUGUCCAGUCACAGCGGGGAGUUGCGGAUCCUGAGCGUCUACGGUAAAGGGGAGGGCCCACUGGCGGUGGACGGCCAUAUCACCCUCUUCACCUCGUCAGAAGUGGAGCCCCUGAACUCGCUGUCUGCGGACCACAGCGCGGCCAAGAGCCUGGAGCGCGGCGAGUGGCUGGUCCGCGACGAGGAGCUGAGUGUGCAGUAUGGAAGGGGAGAUUUGGAGGUACCUGGUCAGGUCUUGGUCAGCCUUCAAAUCCCAGAUGUGGAGACUGCAGGGAUACCUCACAGAGAAGACACUAAAGAGUCAUCUCUCAUUCAUCGAGUGGACUCAUUGGUUUGUGAAUGACCACAAAGAUGCUCCCAUAGGCAGAUUGCUGCAUGGCAUUCACCGCUUAUUCAAAUGGAAGAGGUUGAAGCAGUCUUCCUUGUGGUCACUCGCCAUAACAAUGUCAUGUGUUUUAUGAAAACACCAUCAGUAACAUUUAAAUUGAGUUGAUGUGGACGGCUCUUUUUUUUGUCAGAUUUCUUCAGUGUUCAGUGCCUGUUUGUGAGAUAUGCAUUGUUUGAAAGAUAAGCCUUUGAUUUUGUUUAAUUUUAAUAUGCCUUUCAUCAACAGUGGUUUGGGGUUUUAUAACAACAAUUAAAGUGCUUAACUACUGGUGAACGAUGUUGCAGAACAUAUAUGGUUUGUGUUGAUUGCAUGGAAAAGGGAAUAACCAGUUACAACUUAUAUGGUAAGAGCCUGGUAAUACCAUGGAAACAAACUAGGCUUCCUUUUACAGUACAGUUUCAGCUUACUUACUGGGUAAAUUGUCGUGUUUUACUUGGUAACGUCGCAGAACGUACAUUGUACAAGUUUGUGUUGACUGCAUGGAAAAGGGAAUAAUGUAUUACAAAUGAUAUGGUAAGAACCUGGUAAUACCAUGAAAUAAACGAGGCUUCCUUUUACAGUACAGUUUCAGCUUAAUUACUGGGUAAAUUGUCGUGUUUUACUUGGUAACGUCUCAGAACGUACAUGGUACAAGAAGUACACAAUAUUGGAGUUAUUACCAACCUAAAACGGUUACAACUACACGCUACUUAGUUGAGUUGAUGGGUAAUAGUGGAGGUUUUACUUAGUACUUCAGCAUUAAUUCCUCUGUAUUUACCUUCUUACCAGUGGUAAUUACACAGUAAUACACUAUAAUUGACCGGAUAAUUCCUCUGUAUUUACCUUCUUAUUACCAGUGGUAAUUACCCAGUAAUACACUAUGAUUUACCAUGUAUUUACCGGGUAA